CUUAGUUUAUCAGCAGUUUUCAGCAGCUGACGAGAAACGUAUUUUAUUUAUCAAUACAUACUUGUCUAUAAUUACUUGAUAAACAGUAAUCAUUCAAGUGAAAUGCAAACUAAAACGUUGUUUAUUAUUGACUUUCUACUUGUUAGUGUUGUUUCUUAUAAAAAAGACAAUCUCCCUCUAAAGAAUUAAAUUUGUAAUAUUGUUUUUUUUCUGAUCUUCGUUCCUUUUUUUUUCUUUCGUCUUGUGUGUCUUUGUUAUUCAAUGACAGGAUUUUGUGUAUAUCGUAAAUAAAGAAAUGAAAAGUUAUUCCAUAAAUUUUGUGGAAAAUUAAAAAAACAAUGGACCCAAGGGCCCCUCCUGAAGGGGCCCCUGGCGAAAAUCUGGAGAUGGCAUCAAUUGAAAAAACAUCCGACGAAACAUGGUCAUCCGACAAUAAUGUACCAUCGCCUCUUUGUGAACAGCGCAAGAAGAUGAACAACAAAUUACUCUUUCUAACAGUCGAGUAUGUUGAAGAUCAAACGCGAGACUACGCUCGUAUGUUUUCGGUGUAUGAGCCAGUUUCCUAUUCACCAAGAGCAUCGUCACCACUCUCUGAAUUCGAACAUCGUGUAAGUCCACACGAUCCAAAUAUGAGUUCAGCCGCAAGAUAUUCACCGACUCCCGUUCAAUUACCACCAUCGCCAUUUCAAAAUUCCGUUGUUGUUCUACAAAAUUCCCCAUCAUCAUCAUCAUCAUCAUCAUUAAAUUCAUCAUCAGAAACAAAUGCAAGAACGAAUAUUAAUUUUGUCACCGAAUUAAAUGAUGAAAAUACUUCGCCAAGCAUUCCACAAAAUGAGAAUACAACAGAUUUUGUUGAAUCAAAUAGUGAAGAAGUCCUUGUACCUGGAAAUGAAUUGAUUUUAAUGCAAAGUGGAAAUUCUGAAUUAGAACCAUCCGCACCACCGUUGAUGUUAACGGGUUCUGAUUUUGCAUUGACUCGCGAUUUUCUUGUCAUGCACGAUGAUCAAAUAAGUGUUAUGAAUUCAUUUAAAACGGAAAAUUUAGAAAUAAACGAAACCUACAUUCCAAGUCCAAUGCAAACACUUAAUUCAAACGAGGAUAUCGAUUUGUGUUCAACAGUUGAACCUGAUAAGGUUCAAAAUACAAUGAAAAUUGUUGACAAUCUUUUAGAAUCGAAAGAUGAGGAGACGCCAAAAAAAAUUGUUCGUCGUUCUAAACGACAGAUAAAUGAUAAAAAGACUUAUUGGUGUACAGAGUGUGAUGCAAUUUGUGCUGAUGAAGAUGGUUGUACGUCACAUAAUGUUCAGACAAUUGCCGAUCAACCAGUUCCUUCGCGAGCAAUAGCAACACUUCCUAGUUCUUAUUUAUCAAUUAAUAAAUUAAAUUCAAACGAUUUAUCACAACAGGAAUUUGGUGUUUUUGCGAAGAAAAUUAUUCGUAAACGAACACAAUUUGGUCCAAUUGAAGGUAUUUUGUGUGCCUAUGAUGGCACUCCGUUUACUAAUGUUUUACCAUUAUUGUUCGAAAAUGAAGACGGUGAUUUCUUCAAAAUCGAUGUUUCCAAUGAGAAUACAUCAAAUUGGAUGCGUUUCGUUCGUCCAGCGUUGACUUAUAAAGAUCAGAAUUUAAUGAUUUGCCAGCAAAAUGAAGGUAUUAUGUUUCUCACCACAAGGGAUAUUUUACCGAAGGAGGAAUUGAGAGCCGGUCUAAAUCCAGAGUACGCCAAGAAGAGAAAUUUAAAAAUUCUCGAGGCUGAUUCAGAAAAUACAAACGAAACUAGCUCUGAUUCAUGGCCUUGUUUCGAAUGUAAUCGUCUCUUCCCAACUUCAGGAACCUUACAAAGUCACUUGAAUGUCCACGAUAGUCCUCGUAGUGAAACAAAAGCUAGAAGUAAACGCAGGAAGCUUCACAUCGCUUCCAAUAAACUAUUUAAAGUCGUCAAUGAUCAGAAAAUUCUCUACUCCUGUCCACAUUGUUCGAAAGUAUUUUCCCGUAGUUACAGUUUAAAACGUCAUUUAUUAAUACAUCCAAAUAAUAAGACAUCACAUUACGAAUGUUCUAAAUGUGGUGAAAAUUUCUUAUAUCCAAAUAAUCUUUGUCGACAUAAAAAAAUUUGUCAAAAUGAUAAUUUACGUGAGACUGACAACAAGAAGAAGGGAAAGGAAAAUUCUGGUCAAAAUUCCGAAUGGAAAUGUUCAGUAUGUAAUUUGACAUUCAAUAAAGAAUCAUUGUUUGAUCUUCAUAAAAUAUCGCACAAUGUGAAUAGUUUUGAAAAUGGAUGUAAAUUUGUCGUUUGCCCUGAGUGCGGGGUAAAAUUUGAAAAACAAAACGAGCUUAUUAAACAUGUUUCUGAACAUGGAAAAUUACCAAUGAAAAAAAUUACAAAUGCCACUACCUCGGCUACCUAUAAAUGCUCAAUGUGCUAUAAACGUUUUGCCACUAAAGUUCGACUCCAACAACAUUGUUUAGUCCACGGCGCUGAGGACCAAAAACCACUGCCAUGCAAUAUUUGCUUUAAACGAUUUAUGAAUAAUUCGGCUCUCUCCUGUCAUCUAAAGACACACAGAAAAGAGAAACAAAUGUUCGAAUGUCCAAUGUGUAAAGUAUUAUUCGAUCAAAUUUUGAUGCUUAAAGAUCAUGUUGAGUCGCAUAGAAAUCAGGACGAUACAUUUACUUGCCCUCACUGCCAGCGAAAUUUUACAAAAUAUUCCGUUAUUCGAAAACACAUUAGAGCUCAUCAUUGUGAACGAAAACAUAAAUGUACCUUUUGCGUGAAACGUUUUCCCACUGUCGAUAAAUUACGAAUGCAUUUACUACGUCAUUCAGAUCACAGAGAAUUUCAAUGCGCUAUUUGUGGAAAACGAUUUAAAAGAAAGGACAAACUAAAGGAACAUGUGACGAGAAUGCAUAAUUCCCAAAAAUCAAAUAAAGAAGCAACGUCGCCAAUUAAUCAAGUUAAAAAAUUUGUGCCAAAGGUCAAUCCAACCGAGUAUGAUCGAUUUGUAUACAAAUGUCAUCAAUGUUUGGUUGGCUUUAAAAGACGAGGUAUGCUCGUUAAUCAUCUGGCAAAAAGACAUCCGGAUGUUCCGCCAGAAUCUGUACCUGAACUUAAUUUACCAAUUUUAAGACAAACGAGAGAUUAUUAUUGUCAGUAUUGUGAAAAGGUUUACAAGAGUAGCAGCAAACGAAAAGCACACAUUAUGAAAAAUCAUCCUGGUGCUGCAUUGCCACCGAGUAAUCGUCAUAAGGAAACGGACAUUCCCGGCUUGCCGAAUUCUACUUUUAGUCAAACUGUGGGAAGUGUUACGACAACACCCCAAGGAUGCCAAUGGUGUCACAAACAAUAUGCCAGUAAAGCGAAAUUACUGCAACACCAGCGCAAAAAACAUUCGUCAUUAAUGGAGCCAGCGGAUCAGGUUCCAAGACAUCGAAAUCGUCCGAUACACAAUCAAAAUGACGAAUUGGUUUUGAGUAAUAUUAACUUUGUAAUGGCUAAUAAUGUUAAUUUAAUGAACGAUGAAUUCGACUCGAUUGGACAGCAAUUUGUUCGUAUGCGCGAUAUACGCUGAAGAGACUCUCGAGUCCCCCCUAAGCAAAAUGUGGGUUUUUAUUAUCAAUUUCUCGAGAUAUGAAUCUCUUGGCUUUGUGCACAGCACGAAAUAAAUAAAAAAAAUGACGGUUGUGCUUUACGCUGCUGCCGAUAACCGUUAUUGAAAUUUGUUCAUCAAAAUGGUUAUACAAUCGUGACGGAGAAAUCAGCGCAAGCUUUCCGUCCCACGGGAAUUUGGUACGCAGUUUGUUGGCGUCGACGCGAAACGUCGUCGCUCACCCUUGAAUCAGGGUGUCGUCUCUUUCAUCCCCUUCUCCCUAUAGGUUCAAGGAAAAAAAAAUAUCCACAAAAAGCCGAACUUGGGUGUAGUUCAAAGAAAAAAAAAAAAAAUUAUCAAAAGUGAAACUUUCUCCUACUCUCUUAAAAAGAUGUGCACGAAUUCUUUAAUUUCAUUCAAAGAAAAGAAAUAAAUAAAUAGAAAAAAAUAACGAAAAGAAAAAGAAUCUCGUGAAAUUUCACUAAAAUUGAUUAGAACAUUUUGAGCAUCGCGUCGUUUUUUCUCCUGUGAUUUUAAACAAAAAUAAUAUCGACGCAUGUUUCAAAAUGGUUUGUUAGAUUUCAGCUUUGAAAAAUAAAAAUGAAAACUUGUGAAUUCCUGCCUACAUUUCGAUGUCAGUUUGUAGCAAUGCUUCUGUCCAUUUGGAAGUUUACUCAAAAAAAAAAAACGUAGAAAAAGUGAAUUUCAAAUAGAAACGAUUCAAAAUGAUAAGGAAAUGUUGAAUGAAGGAAAGAAAAUAAAUAAAUGGGUCAAUUUUAAAGAGAAAGUAAUGUUUAAAUAAACAUUCAUGUGCGAAUUCGCCGAAAUAAGAAUUUUAUUUUACACGUAGUAAUGUACCCGUUAUUAUACACGUCUCUCAUGUGCAGGAACGUUUGCCAUUUCCGUGACAAGCAAACGAACGAAAAUAUUGUAACAAUCGUAUGGAAUAAAAUUACUUUACGAUGUGAA